GUUGACUGGUGCUACUAAGAAGAGGAAGGAGGGGGAAUUAUCUGUUUUCAAUGUUGUUUGGAUUGCGAACAUGGCUUUGGCGUAGAUUCCAAGAUCACUGAUCACUCUAUAAGUAGUUUUCUAAAUUAUUUGGUUGAAAUAAUUCGAAGAUGAUGAAAGGAAGGCUUGGAUCAGGAAAGAAUUGUAUUGAUUACAGAAUGGUAGUGGCAGCGGUGUGGUUAUGUGUUUGCAUAGCAGCAAUUGAGUGCGGGGUAAGAGUGACAGAGGCAGAGGACCCUCGGUAUUUCAAACCCUUCAACGUGACCUACGAUCACAGAGCUCUCAUCCUCGACGGGAAGCGUCGCAUCCUCAUCUCCGCCGGAAUCCACUAUCCACGCGCCACUCCCGAGAUGUGGCCUGAUCUUAUUGCCAAGACCAAAGAAGGUGGGGCAGAUGUAAUUGAAUCUUAUGUUUUCUGGAAUGGCCAUGAGCCUGCCAGAGGACAGUAUCAUUUUGAAGGGAGAUACGAUCUUGUCAAGUUUGUGAAGCUAGUUGCAUCCAGUGGACUCUAUUUCUUUCUCCGUAUAGGCCCUUAUGCGUGUGCAGAGUGGAACUUUGGCGGUUUCCCAGUGUGGUUGCGUGAUAUCCCUGGUAUUGAAUUCCGGACAAACAAUGCACCUUUCAAGGGGGAGAUGAAGAGGUUUGUCUCGAAGGUCGUGAACCUGAUGAGAGAGGAAAUGCUGUUUUCUUGGCAAGGUGGACCUAUAAUUUUGUUGCAGAUUGAGAAUGAAUAUGGGAACAUUGAGAGCUCCUAUGGCAAGGCAGGUAAAGAGUAUAUUAAAUGGGCAGCUAGGAUGGCUCUAAGUCUUGGUGCUGGUGUCCCAUGGGUCAUGUGCAGACAACAGGAUGCUCCAUAUGAUAUUAUUGAUACAUGCAAUGCAUACUACUGUGAUGGAUUUAAACCAAACUCUCGUAACAAGCCAACAAUGUGGACAGAGAACUGGGAUGGAUGGUAUACACAGUGGGGUGGAAGAUUGCCUCAUAGACCUGUUGAAGACCUUGCAUUUGCAGUUGCACGGUUUGUCCAACGUGGAGGGAGCUUUCAGAAUUAUUACAUGUAUUUUGGUGGAACAAAUUUUGGUCGCACUGCAGGGGGACCUUUGCAAAUUACAAGUUAUGAUUAUGAUGCUCCAAUUGAUGAGUAUGGUCUGCUGAGUGAGCCCAAAUGGGGUCACUUGAAAGAUUUACAUGCUGCUUUAAAGCUUUGUGAGCCUGCCCUGGUGGCCACUGAUUCGCCAACAUAUAUAAAACUGGGCCCAAAACAGGAGGCACAUGUGUACCAAGCAAAUGUUCACCCUGAAGGAUUAAACUUGUCUCUGUCUGAAUUUCCUAGCAUAUGCUCAGCAUUUCUUGCCAACAUCGAUGAGCGGAAAGCAGCAACUGUGACCUUCCGUGGUAAAAAAUACACUAUACCUCCAUGGUCUGUCAGUGUUUUGCCAGAUUGCAGAAAUACAGCUUUCAAUACUGCCAAGGUUGGUUUAUGCAGGGUGUUUUGGGGUUCAAAAAAUUUGCAAGACAUGAAUUUGUGA